ACCCCAGAGCCGACAGACAGUAAAUACCAAACAAAUGCACAAGAUAUGUGUCUUAAAAACAUUUGAUAUGUCACCAGUUGAUGUAAUGCAAUGUGAUUUACUGUCACUGUUAUAACUCAAGCAAAAGUGACCUCGCUCAGCUUUUUCCUCUCAAGAUAUUGAUCGAGUGUUACAACGCGAGGAGAAAACGGAGAGCGUGCGGCGAUUGUAUCAGUUGAAAAAGAUUGUAAGAUUUUAAAUUAACUUUGUUUUACGUUCUCAAUGACUAACAGUAUGAAUGGCUCCAGUAAAGAGUCACCAAUUAAAAUUAUUGAGGACAUGUUCGAAGAGAAAAAAAUGGAACAGAAACCUAAAACAAAAGUAAUGACAGCGCGGAAAAUUAAAAUAUUAGCCGCGGUUAUUUAUGGAAAUUUAUUUCUUGGAAGUUGCUACUCUUUGAUGGCACCAAUAUUCCCGGCAGAGGCUGAAAAAAAGCAAGCGUCAGCUACUGCAUAUGGAUUUGUGUUCGGUGUUUAUCAAAUUAUUAUGUUUUUAGCGUCACCAAUAUACGGAAAAAUCAUUAUUAUUCUUAAACCAGGCUUCAUGAUGAAAGCUGGAAUGUUUGUUUCAGGAGUUUGUGUUAUUCUCUUUGGUUUUCUUCAGUAUGCUCCACCAGGACCAUCAUUUAUUGCACUUGCAGUGGUCAUUCGAUCAGUUGACGCGUUGGGAGCUGCAGCCUUUCUGACAGCAUCUUACACAACGUUAGGCAGUGAGCUUCCUGAAAUCAUAGGUAGAGCUAUGUCUUUAACAGAAACUGCCUUUGCAUUCGGAUUAGCAGGUGGACCUGUUCUCGGAGGACUUUUAUACGAGGUUGGAGGAUUUAGUCUGCCCUUCAACGUGGUGGGAGCGUUACUCCUCACUGGUACCGUUGUCAAUUUGUUCCUCUUUUCUGAUGAAGGCGGUGUUUCGGCUAAACCAUUCAGUGCCAGGAAAUUGCUCUCCAAUCCAGACUUUUUGAUUGACGCUAUAGUCAUCAGCACAUGUUUCGCAGUGCUCGGGUUCAAUGAAGCAACUUUAGAGCCUCAUGUGCGCCAGUUCCAGCUAUCCCCUACAAUCAUUGGAGUAAUCUUUCUCAUUGGAGGUAUUGUUGAUGCACUUUCAUCUCCUCUCUGGGGAUACUGCGCUGAAAAAGUGAAAAACGCUCAUUAUUUAACGUUCAUUGCAUGUCUCCUGUUCAUUACCUGCUUCCUGAUCGUCGGUCCUGUGCCUUUCCUUCCAUUUGUUACAAAUUUGACAGCAGUAAUAAUUUCUCAAUUUUUCCUUGGACUAGCUAUGGCGGGUCAAAUCGUUUGUAGUUUCACACAUGGCAUGAAGCACACUGUCCAAAGAGGUUUUCCUGACGAUGUUGGAACGUAUGGUUUGGUUUCAGGUGUAUUGUUCUCAGUUGCUUGUUUUGGAGCUUUUGUUGGUCCUUCCUUGGGAGGAUUUUUGAUUGACAACGUUGGGUACAAAAUUGCAACUUCAAUAAUAGUUGCGACAGAAAUUGUAGUGGCUAUCAUCUGUGCGGUGAGAUUAAUUAUUUUACACAUCAGACAAAAUUCCAAAGAGACUUCAUCUAUGAUAUUAGACAUAAAGUAAUUUUGUUCCUAAAUUACUGUUUUUAAUAAAAAUAUAUGUUGUUCAAGUUUG